GGGAGAGAGCAGGCGAAGCGGAAGGAAACGCAAAGCUACGAGCAGCAAGGAGCUGUCACCGUCACACCCCCCACACCCCCCACACCCCCUCCCUCUUCUUCAAUGAGCAAGGCAGACCUCAGGCGAGCCAGAAUCGCGCUGGGAACUCGGGCGCAGCAGAACAGACGCGAACGUCGGCAGAAAGAAAGCGGCUCUGACGUAUUUCUGCCAGAUUACGCCAGGUGGACUGAAUGUGACGCCGCGGCACUGACCGACUAGAAGGCCGACCCGCUUGAGGUGGGCUGAUCGCAGCGAUGUCCAGGUCGACAAGAUCCCCGUCGAGAUCUCGGAGCCGUUCGAGAUCCCGAUCAAGGUCCCGAUCAAGGACCCGUUCCUCAUCGCGGUCCAGAAGUCGUUCCCGGUCCAGGAAGCACCGGUACAGCUCUAGGUCUCGGUCAAGAUCUCAUUCUCCAUUUCACAACCGGGAGAAGAAAUAUCCGAGGUCGUACCAGAACAACAGGGAGUUCCGGGGGUAUCACCGUGGCUUUCGGAGGCCCUACAAUUUUAGGGGUCGAGGAAGGGGGUUCUUUAACCGUGGACGCUACCACCGUGGCGGUGGCGGCUACAACAACAAUAACUUUCGUCCAAACUGGAAAAACUUCAAGCAGUACCCUUAUAAUCAGCAGCAGCAGCAGCAGCAGCAGUAUCAACAACAUCAACAAUAUCAGCAGCAGUUCAAUCAUUCAAGAGGGCAAUCGCACAACGUGCAAAAACGCUCAGGAAGUCCCCCUCAGGGUCAAUCUCAACACACUGACCGAUCGUCCUCUCCCUUGUCCAGACACUCGCAGCAUUCUUCCUCCUCAUCGCACUCCUCCUCCCCGAAAAGCAGGCCAGCCUCGCUGCUGGCGAGUCAAACCUCUAAAGAUGUCAAGGAGAAGCAUCUGGCCUCCAAGGAAGUCCAAAAAGGAGGAGGGGGAGAGGAUGAGCAAGCGGAGCAUGCCGGGUCAUUGGCAGGGGAUGCUAGAGAUGUCGCAGGCUGUGGGAAAGCUGAGCGCACCUGGCACAGCCUGAGGGACUGCACCAGUCCAAAGAAAAGCAGUCCGCUCGAUGACAAUGUUGCGCAGAGCAACCAAGCUAUCAAUCGGCCGAGUCCCACCAAAAACCCAAAUGACACCAGAAAUGGCUCCCCCAUGAUGGAGGUGGCGUCUGGUUCAUCCUCAACAAGAAAGGCCUCAAGUGAAGGUCUAAAUCCCAUGCUGUCCAGCUUUGACUUCUUCUCCACAGAGGAAUACCUGGAUGGAGAUAAAGCGGCUAUAUCCAUUGCUUUCAAGAAGUUUUUGGAGGAGCACACAAAAAAAGCUAAAUCUGCCUGGGAAAAUGGCAAAAGCAGAGAGGCCAGUGAUGUGGAUAAUGAAAAGGGAAAACUGAACGUAAAAGCCUCCGCAGUUUUCUCUGACACUGUACCGAAACAAUGCAGGGAGGACAUUGAGAGUGAAGUGUCCCUGAGAAGCUUUUUGAAAGGUUCUCCGUUUUCGUCUGCUGAGGUGGAGGAGGAUGAUGACGAUGAUGAUGAUGAUGAUGAAAGGAUCAUUAGGCCACCUUUAAAAUCCCUUCAGAAAGAGUGGCAAAAUGGAGAUGAGGCCUCUAAAUCAAAGAGCAAGGUCAACCAUUCAGCCCAAAAAAUCUUUGAAAAGUGGCAGAGUACGGCUUGUGCACAACUGGGGCAAGCAGACCUUGAUGCCAUGGUAAGGGAGAUGUAUCUCAGUGGAAAAAAGGAUAAAUCAGACGCCAACACUGCUGCUCUCGGUAAAAGAGAGUUAAAGGGGGAUUUCAAGGACGUGUCCCCAGGCAUGAGCUUUAAAAUAAGGAAGACGGCCAAAUCUCCCUCUUUUCAGUGUUCUGAACGACCGCUGAGGCAAAAUUCUGACAGAGGGUUGUUUAUGGUUAGAGGAGAGGAUAAGCCUCUUACGGCCUCAAGAAAACAGGAACCAAAGUGUAAUCUAAGAAUGGAUCUUCUAGGAGAUCGCCCCAUAAGCUCUUCCGAUCUUUUAGCUGAGGAGCGGCAGUUGUCUCAGGACUUGGUUCAGUCAUCGAAAAAGCAUCAGGAGUUUCGCUCCAUCUUUCAGCACGUUCAGGCUGCUCAGUCGCAGAGGAGCCCAUCUGAGCUGUUUGCUCAGCACAUUGUCGCCAUAGUUCACCACAUCAAGGCUCAGCACUUUCCAUCUUCUGGCAUGACUCUAAACGAGCGAUUCACCAUGUACCAAAGGCAAGCAGCCGAGAAGGAAAUGAUUAAGCCAAGAAAAAGCCCAGAGAUACACAGGCGGAUUGAUGUUUCACCAAGUGCUUUUAAGAAGCACCCUCAGCUUUUCGAGUCGAUGAAAAGCUCAGAGGAUGGGAGUUACAAGGACGGUGGGGAAAAAAUGAAGGGUGACCCAAUGGACCUUCGUUUGGACAUAGAGCGUCGUAAAAAAUCCUCAAUGCAUGAAAAAGUCCCUGCAGAUUCCCAAGAUUUUGGUCAGGAGAGAUCUGAGGGAAAUUUCCCAAAACACUGCAAGAUUUCUAAAAAAAGCGUCAGGAAACGCUCUCGCUCCAGCUCAUCCUCUUCUUCCUCGUCCUCCAACUCUCACAAAGAUGAAGGUGCAGUGCAUGGGAAUUUCAAGUCAAAGAAUGAAAUCUUUAGCAGGGCACAACUUGGACAGAGGGAACCACCUGUAACAAAGGAAGGAGCACGGCCACAAGAAGAAUUUAAAAUUCAAAUCCAAAGGAGUUGGAACAAAAGCAGCCAUCAGGGAAACAACACGCCCAGUGACCAAGUGAACAUGGCCAUAAACACUAAAGGUGAAAACUGGGACCCGAAGUUCAGUCCUAGGAGCAAAGCAUACUUCCUGCAUGAUGACAGAGACAAUGACACUACAUGGAAAGAAAACCAAGGCCAGAGUCGAGGAGGCUUUCCUCUUGGAAGGACACGAUUCAUCAUCCGCAAAGCCACUGGCAAUGCCAGCAGCUCCAAAAAUCAGGACCACAAAGCGGAAGAAAUCAAUGGACAGACCACUUGAACAAAGGAGAAAGCAGUAGAAGAGUAAUUGGUUGUGUCUGGAAUCUUAAUGUUCAUCAGCCAGAAUGGAUGAGUUGGUUCUGAAUAAAAUAUCUGAACAGAGCGGGAUACCUUCCUUUCACCUUACAUAUUUACUAUCUGUUAUAUCAGGUUACACAUUGUGACUAAUAGUAGCACUGAUUAAGGGCGUUUUUUAAUAAACGUUACAUGUAAAUGUUGCCUUCUAUUUUGUUUGAGUUCUUUCAUGCAGCGUUUUUGCAACAUUUUAGUUUUGACUUAGGCCAAUGAAAACUAUCUUAAGUACUUUUUUUAUUGCUUGCACAGUUUAAUCAAACAAGUCUUUCUGAAAGCUAAAGUACUUUUUUUUCUGGGGGGAAAAUAUUACACUGCCAGCAGAUUAAAACUGGGAUAUCCCUUCUGUAAGUAUCCAAAGUGCUGUCUCAUCUAGAGAAUAAUCACUGCAGUAGGUACAGUCUACUUUCAUCAUGAAAAAAAAUAACUAAUAUAGAGAAAACCAAAUAGACAACAGGUGACCCAAAUCUGACAAUGGGACCAAACUGCAGGGUUGAAGCUUAAACACCACUCUCAUUACACAACAUACAGCCAAUUUACAGCAGCACUGUCUUGGAGUACUGUGCAUUUAAAAUGAGACUAUAUACCAGCGGAUAUUUCUUCACAGUUGGUUUUGGCUAAAUUUGAGUUGAAAAAGUCCCUCGGAUGCAGAGUGAAACGUCUUCAACGGCGGAACCGAAGUCCAUUUGUUUAAUUUCUUUUUAACCUUUCUUGGAAUUGGGAAGACCGGCUUGUAAUUAUGAUGGCGAGAGAGACAUUUUUACUUUAAUCUCUGGUACGUUUUUAUGGCUUGCAAAUUUUUAACCAUACUGUAAUGUUCAGAAAUGUAAAUUGUGUAAACAUUGCUCUCUCAAAUAUACAAAAAACAAGUGAAUUUGUUCUGUAUGUAGUUUGUAACAAACAGAGGAUUUAGUGCUUGAAUGAAUGUGUUUUGUUCUGUGGAUUGUUAUUUAGCUUUAAGACAAAUUCACAGGUCUUACCUGUACCUUACAGGCCAACUGAUGUAGAUGACAGUUUGAUUGGUUAAAGAUUGUCUUGUUGAGUGAUAUUACAAUAUCUUCUAGUUUUCAUUGUGUUUGUUCCUCUUUGGUACUAAAUUAAAGAGACAUCUUACCUAAA